AUGAGGAGGGAUAAACAGAGCAGUGUGUCUGAGGUCUUCCUCCUGGGGCUCCCCAAACACCCAGAGAAGCAGGGCAUGUUCUUUGCCCUCUUCCUGGGCAUGUACAUGACCACAGUCCUGGGGAAUCUGUUCAUCAUCUUGUUAAACAGACUGGACUCUCGCCUCCACACACCCAUGUACUUCUUCCUCAGCCAUUUGGCCCUCACAGAUGUCUCCUAUUCCUCUGUCACUGUCCCUAAGAUGCUUAUGAACAUGCAGAUACAGGAUCAAUCACUUCCCUAUGCAGAGUGUCCAAUUGGCCCUCACAGACAUUUCCUUUUCAUCUCUCACUGUCCCAAAGAUGGUGAAGAACAUGCAGACCCAGGAACUAUCCAUCUCUUAUCCAGAGUUCAUAUCACAGGUGUAUUUUUAUAUGCUUUUCAUUGUGUCAAUAGUCUCCCCCUCAUUGUGAUGGCCUAUGACAGGUACAUGACCAUCUGUCACCGUAUGCACUGCACCACCAAGAGAGAAGGACUGUAUGCUCUGAUGGUGACUGGCUCCUGGAUUCUCUGCUGUACCAGGGCCCAUUUUCAUACCCUCCUCUUGGCUCAUCUGUCCUUCUGUGCUGACAACAUCAUCCCCCAUUUUUUCUGUAGCAUCCCCAACCUACUCAAGCUGUCCUUCUCAGACACCUUUCUCAAUGAGCUGGUCAUAUUCACUGAAGGGGCUGCAGUUGUCAUUUUCCCACUGAGUUUCAUCCUGGUCUCUUAUGGCUACAUUGGGCUCUCCAUCCUUAGGGUCCCCUCGUCUAAAGGGAUUUGA